UUAGCUCGCCUCUCUCGGCUCCUCUGUGGAGUUUUAGUUUGGUGGAAUCUCUGCUGACGUCACGUCGUUCCCAAUACAGAGACUGAGAAAGGGGAAGAGUAGGGGAGAGAGAGAGAGAAAGAGAGAAAGCUGGAGAGGAGCAGAAAGAAACAGCCAGCAGCUGGGAGAUCUCCGGUUCCCAGAGAGAAAAGUCCCAACUCCCUCGGAACUUUGUAUUCUAUUUGGGAUCCUUUUAUUUCUCUUGGCCCCGGGUUUCUGGUGUUUACUGGGAAACCAGCACCUCGGAUUGCUCAAGCAGUGCGGUGGGAGGCAAAGGACGUGGUAGGGAGCUCAACUUGGAGCCGGUAACGGGUGAUGGAGACCAACUGCCGUAAACUUGUUUCGGCUUGUGUGCAAUUAGGCGUGCAGCCGUCAGCCGUUGAAUGCCUUUUCUCCAAAGACUCAGAAAUCAAAAAGGUCGAGUUCAGUGAUUCCCCCGAGAGUCGGAAAGAGGUGGCAACCAGCAAGCUCUUCGCCAGGCAGCAUCCCAGUGCCAACGAAAAAGAUAAAAGCCAGCAGAGCAAGAAUGAGGACGCCGGGGCUGAGGACCCAUCCAAGAAGAAGCGGCAGCGGAGGCAGCGUACUCACUUCACCAGCCAACAGCUGCAGGAGCUGGAGGCCACCUUCCAGAGGAACCGCUACCCGGACAUGUCCACCCGAGAAGAGAUCGCCGUGUGGACCAACCUCACGGAAGCCAGAGUGCGGGUUUGGUUCAAGAAUCGCCGGGCCAAGUGGAGAAAGCGGGAGCGAAACCAGCAGGCCGAGCUGUGCAAGAACGGCUUCGGGCCCCAGUUCAACGGCCUCAUGCAACCCUACGACGACAUGUACCCGGGCUACUCCUAUAACAACUGGGCUGCCAAGGGCCUCACUUCGGCCUCCCUCUCUACUAAGAGCUUCCCCUUCUUCAACUCGAUGAACGUCAACCCCCUGUCUUCGCAGAGCAUGUUCUCCCCACCCAACUCCAUCUCGUCCAUGAGCAUGUCGUCCAGCAUGGUGCCCUCGGCGGUGACUGGCGUCCCGGGAUCCAGCCUCAACAGCCUGAAUAACUUGAACAACCUGAGCAGCCCCUCGCUGAACUCGGCGGUGCCGACGCCCGCCUGCCCUUAUGCGCCGCCGACCCCUCCGUACGUUUACAGAGACACGUGUAACUCUAGCCUGGCCAGCCUGAGACUGAAAGCGAAGCAACACUCCAGCUUCGGGUACGCCAGCGUGCAGAACCCGGCGUCCAAUCUGAGCGCCUGCCAGUACGCGGUAGACAGACCAGUGUGAACCCCGGGGCCACUAAAGCGCCGAUCCAGAA